GUUUUCUUCCAGGCGAAGUCCACUUUCCGGCCUGUGCUGCGGUUGCCGCGGAAGCCUUAAAGCCAGUUUUGCUAGUCGAUUGUGACCAUGGCUGCUGAGUCUGAUGUUCUACAUUUCCAGUUUGAACAACAAGGAGAUGUGGUCCUACAGAAAAUGAAUCUCUUGAGACAGCAGAAUUUAUUCUGUGAUGUAUCGAUUUAUAUUAACGAUACUGAAUUCCAGGGGCACAAAGUGAUUUUGGCUGCUUGCUCCACUUUCAUGAGAGAUCAGUUUUUACUCACACAGUCAAAACACGUCAGAAUCACCAUUCUGCAGAGUGCAGAAGUUGGCAGGAAGUUGUUGCUGUCCUGCUAUACUGGAGCACUUGAAGUGAAAAGAAAAGAGCUUUUGAAAUACCUGACUGCUGCCAGUUACCUUCAGAUGGUUCACAUUGUAGAAAAAUGCACAGAAGCUUUGUCGAAGUAUCUGGAAAUUGAUCUUUCUAUGAAAAAUAACCAACACACUGACUUGUGUCAGUCUUCAGAUACAGAUGUAAAGAAUGAAGACGAAAAUUCUGACAAAGACUGUGAGAUAAUUGAAAUUUCAGAAGAUAGCCCUGUAAACCUAGACUUCCACGUUAAAGAAGAGGAAAGCAGUCUGCAGUCUGCUGUGGAGAGGUUGACGUCAGAGCAAACGGGAAUGACAUCACCAGAGCUCUCUACAGUAGACAGUGGCUUUAAAGAGAAUGAAAUUUGUAUCCUCCAUGUAGAAUCGAUCAGUACAGACAGUGUAGAUAAUGGGCAGUUUUCACAGCCCUGCACCUCAUCCAAAGCAGGCAUGUACUUCCCUGAAACACAGCACUCACUGAUCAAUUCUACCGUUGAGAGCAGAGUGGCAGAAGUCCCUGGAAGUCAAAAUCAAGGCUUAUUUUCUGAGAAUACCGAUGGAAGUCAUGGGACAGUAAGUGAGAUUCAGAACCUGGAUGAGAAUUUUUCCUUGAGGCACCAGUGCCCCAGGUGUCCGAGGGGCUUUCUUCACGUAGAAAACUAUCUGCGCCACCUUAAGAUGCACAAACUGUUCUUGUGCUUGCAGUGCGGGAAAACAUUUACACAGAAGAAAAACCUCAACCGGCACAUCCGAGGACACAUGGGUAUACGGCCCUUUCAGUGUACUGUGUGCCUGAAGACCUUUACCGCUAAGAGCACACUUCAGGACCACUUGAACAUACACAGCGGUGACCGGCCGUAUAAAUGCCAUUGUUGUGAUAUGGAUUUCAAACACAAAUCUGCUCUCAAAAAACACUUAACCUCUGUACAUGGCAGGAGUGGUGGCGAAAAACUGUCUAGGCCUGACCUCAAAAGGCAGAAUCUGCUGUAAUCAAAUCGUAAACUUGUGAAAUAAAUGGAAUCACUUUGUUAGGCACUCAAGAUGCAGCAUUUGUUGUGUGCCUCCCCCAAUCUUUAGUGUUAAUUUUUCUUUUCUUCUUAUAUGUUACUCUUUAUAAAUUUCUAAUAGUUCCAAAGUUGUGAGUGGCUUCAAAAUCUUUAUGAGAUUCUACGUUGUCUGAGUCAUUAUGUAUUAGUCCUGUGUUCAGCAGUAAUUGCAGAUUCUGAUUUGUAGUGUUUAGAUAAGUGAUUUAAUGUUGAUUCUAACUAUGUAGUAACUUCAAUUGGUUAGAAUGACAAAAUAGAUUUGAAAGCAUAAUGUUGCCAGUCAUUAUUAAUUUUGAAAGCAGAUGGGACUAAUGAUUUUCUUUUUAAUGUUUAACCAGUGUUCUUGAAUUAUAACCAGAACACCAAGGUAUUGUCUUAAACUAAAGGAGCACAAUUCAGAUUCACAUGGGACCAGCAGAAUGUCCUUAUAAUUUCAUUGUUUAAAUGUCCAAGAGAAUGUAUAAUUGGACCCUUUUCCUGGUUACACAUAACAUAGCUGGAUUAGGAACUCUGUGGCCAAUGCAAGUAUUUUCUUGGUAUAGAUUGGGAAUAGUCCAGUUUCAUCAAAGACAUUUGUUCUACAGUUUACUUAGGGUUUCUUCUUUUAUUUUGGUUAACAUGCACUAAAAUUGACCCUUCUCUGGGUCAAUUCAUAAUUCAGUGAAUUUAACACAUAAUUUUCUACAGUUGGGACACAAACAGUUCCAUUUCCUUCCCAAAUUCCCUCAUGUUUCUCCUUUGUAGUCACCCAUUCUAGCUUUAAAUUCUACUGAGUUCUUCAUGACUAUAAUUUGCUACAAUCUGUGAUGAUAUAAAACUGGAAUUUUACAGUAUGUUUCCUUUUGAUUUUUUUAACCCAACAUUUAAUUGAACUUCAUUUCUGUGUACAUUAGCAAAUCAUUACUUUUUAAUAAAUCUUUUAUCUCUUAUUUUACUUUUGAUUUGUGUACUCCAGGCUGCCCUCAAGUUUGCCUCACUUCUUGAGCACUGGGAUUACACCUGACUCCUUUUUUCUGUUUUGAAUUAUCUAUGUCUUUUCGAAGAGUAACCAGGUGCAUAGUUUAAGUUUUGAAAGCUACUAGAAUUAGUUAUAAUAUCUCAUUUGUAUGAAUACCUCUGAAUUAAAAAAAAAAAAAUUUGCCUUUAUAAUGAAGAGCAAAAUUUAUUGCAGGACAAAUCACCUUCCCUGACCAUAGGAAGCAUUCACUUUCAAGCUGUCCUAUUUCUCUUCAUAACACAGCUCUAUGUAGAGUUUCUACUGUAUACUGUAUUCUGCUGGCACUCUCUGUAUUUUAACAUGUAAUAUACUUUGUACUAUAUAAGAGUUUUGUGAAAAUCAUGUAGUUGUUAAAUACAAUUUUUGUGA